CACAUUCGUGCUUCACCGGCCCCCGGCUUGAAUGCACAAAAGCAACAUUUCUUCUAGAGGAUCUCAUUCUUCGCCUUUCUCUCCCAGCUCGGCGCGUCGAACACUCGGGCAUCACGAGUGCUGUCUGAACCCUCCGGCUACCUUCCGCCUUCACCAUACGUACAGCAGCCGCUUCAGGCAUCCUCACUGCUAGUGGAGAGUCGAGCCGCCGAAGAAGCGCGCGACGCUCAUCUGUGUCUUUCCUCCAUCAUCCUCACCGGUCACCACUUCACCACCACAUCAGCCAUGUCCAACUCCGACUUGGCCAUCAAGGCCAGUGCGCGUGUAGCGCCACCCAUACCCACCAGCAAAGACGAUAUCAAUGGCACAUGGAACUUCCUCGAGUGGGGUGUGGAUCGAAUCAUGUUCAACUUGAGCGAAGGCGUGGACCUCAAGACCUACAUGUCGCUGUACACUAGCAUUCACAACUUCUGUACUGCACAGAAGGCAGCCGGCAUGGGCUCGCAGCAGAGCAACUUGAACUCGAACCAUAGGGGAGCGCACCUUCUCGGCGAAGAUCUCUACCAUCGGCUGAACGAGCAUCUGAAAGUGCAUCUCGCUGCCGUGCAUGCAGAGAUGAUCAAGCACACCGACGAGGCUCUCCUAACAUACUACAUCAAAGAAUGGAAGCGAUAUACCCAGGCAGGAACAUACAACCACCACUUGUUCCGUUAUCUGAAUCGGCACUGGGUGAAGCGCGAGAUGGAUGAGGGCAAGAAAGAUAUCUACGACAUCUACACUCUCCACCUCGUGCGGUGGAAGGAGGACAUGUUCGGCAGUACCCAGAAUGCAGUCAUGGAUGCAGUGCUGAGGCUGGUGGAGAAGCAGCGGAACGGUGAAACCAUCGAACAGUCGAAGAUCAAGGACGUGGUCAACUCCUUUGUCUCUCUGGGCAUCGAUGAGGCAGACAGCACCAAGACCACUCUGGACGUGUACCGCACAUAUUUCGAAAAGCCGUAUCUUGAAGCCACGGAGAAGUACUACGAGGUUGAGUCGCACCGGUUCCUUGCGGAGAACUCUGUUGUCGACUACAUGAAGAAGGCCGAGCGGAGACUGGAUGAGGAGAAGGAGCGUGUUCCUCUGUUUUUGCUGAACGAGAUCAUGGCCCCGCUCAUGAAGUGCUGCGAAAAUGCCUUGAUCGCGAAGCACGCCACCACUCUUAGGGAUGAAUUCCAAAUUCUGCUCGACAAUGACCGCGAAGACGAUAUGGCACGUAUGUACAAGCUUCUCGCCCGCAUCCCGGAAGGCCUUGAUCCACUCCGCGCUCGAUUUGAACUUCACGUGCGACAGGCUGGUCAUCUCGCCGUGGAGAAGGUGGCUGGCCAGGGUGACAGCCUCGAUCCAAAAGCGUACGUCGACGCCUUGCUCGAAGUCCACACUCAAUACUCUGCUUUGGUGCAGAAGGCGUUCACUGGCGAAUCAGAAUUCGUCCGCUCUCUGGAUAACGCCUGCCGCGAAUACGUCAAUAGAAAUAAGGUCUGUGAAAGGAAUUCUAGUAAAUCGCCCGAACUUCUCGCCAAGCACUCAGACAAUGUCCUCAAGAAGAGCACCAAGGCUACGGAAGAGGAUAAUAUGGAGAAGUUACUGGAUCAGUGCAUGACCAUCUUCAAGUACGUAGAAGACAAGGAUGUCUUCCAGAAGUUCUACUCCCGCCACCUUGCCAAGCGUCUCGUCAACGGCACCUCUGCAUCUGGUGAUGCUGAGACCAGCAUGAUCUCGAAACUCAAGGACGCUUCGGGCUUCGAGUACACCAACAAGCUGCAGCGUAUGUUUCAGGACGUGCAGACCUCCAAAGAUCUCAAUAAUGCAUACGAGGAGUGGCGUUCGCAGACCAUUGACAAGGAAGAUCGCAAGGAAGAGGUUGAUGCCACUUACCAGAUUCUCGGGACCGGAUCGUGGCCGCUGCAACCUCCCACUUCGCCUUUCGCCCCACCAGACGUGAUCAUCAAAACUUACGAGCGCUUUCAGACGUUCUAUAGUAACAAGCACGGCGGCCGCAAACUGUCCUGGCUAUGGCACUUAUGCAAGGGCGAAAUCCGCGCCAACUACGCCAAGAUGAACAAGGUUCCCUACACCUUCUCGGUGUCUACCUACCAAAUGGCCAUCCUCCUCAUGUUCAACGACAGCAACACCGUCACUUAUGAUGAUAUGGCCGAGCUUACCUCACUGGCCAAGGAAACUCUCGAUCCGUCCAUUGCCAUCAUGAUCAAGGCCAAGGUGCUCACGGCUAGCCCGGAGGGCGCUUCUCCCCAGAGCGGGACCUCCUACAGUCUCAACUAUGGUUUCAAGAACAAGAAGCUCAAGGUCAAUCUCAAUAUCGCUAUCAAGUCCGAGCAAAAGCAGGAAGUCGAGGACACGCACAAGACCAUCGAGGAAGAUCGCAAGAUGCUCAUGCAGUCUGCAAUUGUGCGCAUCAUGAAGUCGCGAAAGACUAUGAAGCACGCACAGCUCGUGUCUGAGACCAUUGGCCAAAUCAGGAGUAGAUUCUCGCCCAAGGUCUCUGACAUCAAGAAAUGUAUCGAUAUCCUCAUCGAGAAGGAAUACCUCGAACGUCUGGAGGGCGAUGAUCUUGGCUACCUGGCUUAGAUGCCCUUGGGAUUUUGCGAUUCUAUCUGUAUAUGUGGAAGACAUACAAUGGCGUUCAACAGGCGGAUCGGGAGAGACUGAAGAGGUCUCUGCGACUCACUUACGGAAGGAAGGAAAUCAUCACGGACGAGGAUCGGAUUCAGGGUCUGCUUAGCAUGGCGUGGGCGUUGCGUUUAGGGUCGUCGACUCGCUGUUUGGUUGAUCAUAGGUAUCACACGCGAUACGGUAGCGGGCCAUGAGACAUGCGUAUAGAGAAUGAUACAGAUGCGAGAUGUGAAAUAUUUCUUCUGGCCUAAGUACAUUGCUUGCACGUUCCACUUUUG